AUGCCCACCAAAGUCCCAGCCCCGUCCGACUUCCCCUCCCACACCGUCACCGUCACCCCAUCCCCUGGGCCAUCUCCUUCCCCCAACAUCCUCCUCCUUCUACAUGGCCUCGGUGACUCCGCCGCCGGCUUCACAGCCUUCGGUCGUGCCCUAAACCUCCCGGAGACAACAGUUGUAACCGUGCAAGCAUCGACUCCACUCCCCUUCGACCUCGGCGGAUUCCACUGGGGCGACGAUGUCGACUUCGACGCCAAAACGGGAGCUCUAGACAUGGACGCCGGACUAACGCGCAGCACUCCGAAACUCAUCGAGCUCGUGCGCGGCACCCUAGUCCAGAAAUGCGGAUAUCGCCUGCGCGAAAUCCUCAUUCUGGGCUUUGGGCAGGGCGGCAUGGCUGGGUUGACACUGGCCAGGGAACUGGGUUUGUCUUCAUCCACCGCUAGUGCCGAGGAGAAAGAGCCUCUAGCCGGUGUCAUAUCCAUCGGGGCACCGUACCCGCUAUCGGGUCAGCGGUCCGGGUCGAAGAAUCGUACGCCUGUGCUGUUGGUAUCGGGGAGAGACUCGGCUGUUGUUUCCGAGGGCGCGGUUAAAAGGACUAAGGAGGUUUUUGAAUUCGUGGAGCUUAGUCGGUAUUCCCGGAAAGGCGAUGGCAUGCCCUCGAAUCGGGAUGAGAUGUUGCCUGUUAUGCAGUUCUUUGCCAGGCGGUUGCGCAGUCGCCAGGGUGUGCCUGAAGGUAGUGUUGAACUUGGAUGA